AUGCGUCAGGCGACUGUCCAGGCGUGCCGUACUGCUCGGCGUGCUCCAGUAUGGAACAUUGCCGCUAAGCGGCCCUGUCCACUGUCCUUUAACCAGCUGCGCGGCCUUCGAUCACACUCCAGCGGGAAACGCUCGUCCUACGCUCCAGUGGCCGCCAACUCGUCCAUGUAUCGCCGAAAACUUUCCCUCGCCGUUAUCUCAACCGUCGUUGCCUCCGGGGCUUGGUAUGCUCAUCAGGGUGAUACCCUGAAAUUAGCCGCUACGCAAAUCCGGGGGUUUGCUUCCAGCGCCCUUAAUUCCGCGUACGCCGAAGACCCCAUAGAGUCCACGCGCCGUGCAUUGCUGGUCAGCGGAGACCAAUUUUACACAGCAACGCUUUCCGGAGACCAGCCUCUCGCCAAACAUACAGACGACUCAGAUCGCCAAGUUCUAGAGAUGUUGACACCCGAACAAGCAACACAGAAGCUGCGUAAGAAUGAGGAGUCUUACUUGGUGAACCGGGGCCAGGGCGUUGUUCGCUAUGAUGUGGUUCAAGUUGCAAGUAACUCUCCUAUUGAGGAUGAUCACGCGGAGAAGAUUGUUGAGAUCCCGGCAUCCGUGGCUGCGGUCAGCAAUGGCGAACCAAGUAGUGACUGGAUGUUUUGGGCUGUAUUUGACGGCCACUCGGGCUGGACAACCUCCGCAAAACUGCGAAACGUGCUCAUCUCAUAUGUCGCGCGUGAGCUCAACACUACAUACAAGAGCGCUUCUACUGACCCCUCACUUGUCGUACCCACUUCUGAAGCCAUUGAUGCUGCUAUCAAGCAGGGCUUUGUCCGUCUCGACAACGACAUCGUGCACGAGAGCGUGAAGGAAGUUCUCAAGUCUAAAGAACGGCGCGUUGCCGCCGAACUUCUCGCCCCUGCCCUCUCUGGAUCAUGUGCCCUCCUCAGCUUCUACGAUGCACAGUCUAAGGAUCUCAAGGUCGCGGUAACGGGAGAUUCCCGUGCAGUUCUGGGACGUCGUGGUCCCAGUGGGAAAUGGACCGCCAAGGCCCUUUCCGAGGACCAAACCGGUGGCACACCAUCAGAGAUUAAGCGCCUGCGCGAAGAGCAUCCCGGGGAGCCUUACGUGACUAAGAAUGGCCGGAUUCUCGGUCAACUUGAACCCAGUCGUGCCUUUGGUGAUGCUUUCUACAAAUGGAGCCGAGAUGUUCAAGACACUAUCAAGGCCAAAUUCUUCGGCCGUACCCCUCACCCCAUGUUGAAGACACCUCCAUACGUUACUGCAGAGCCCAUCAUCACCACCACCAAGGUGGAUCCCUCGAAGGGCGACUUCAUUGUCAUGGCAACCGACGGUUUGUGGGAGAUGUUGAGCAACGAAGAAGUUGUUGGCUUAGUUGGCCAGUGGGUCGAGCAACAGCAGUCUGCCGCGGCAAGCGGUAGUUCUAGCAAAGCCUGGCUGCAGAGCUGGUUCAGUAGUCAAAAGUCACUGCCUGUAGAGACCGCGACUGAUGGAUCGACCGAAGGCCAACGACGUCCUAUCCGUCAGCAGCAGUAUGACAUUGCUGGCGCGGCUAGCCGAUUUGUUGUUGAGGACAAGAAUGCUGCGACGCACCUCGUGCGAAACGCCAUGGGUGGAAAGGAUAAGGACAUGGUUUGUGCACUGUUGACAUUGCUAAGUCCUUACUCCCGCCGAUACCGUGACGAUGUUACCGUCGAGGUUAUCUUCUUCGGCCAGGGUCCCGACUCGCGCACUGUGGAUAUCAACAAGGAAGCCAGUGCCCCUGAUCAGCCCGUUAAGUCGAAGCUUUAG